GAACCCCAACACCGGCCCCUGUGAUGCCGCCAACACCAACAUCGGUGACUCCGAUGCCAGCACCGACCCCCGUUUCUCCAACGCCAACCCCGGUGGCCCCAACACCGACUCCUAUGAUGCCGCCUCCACCGACCCCUGUGACUCCGAUGCCAGCACCAACCCCUGUCUCUCCAACGCCAAUCCUGGUGGCCCCAAUAGCGAACCCCGUGAUGCCGCCAGCCCCCACCCCUGUGACUCCGACGCCACCCCAAGCCACGGCCCCAGCGCCGGCUACAUCGACCGGCAAGUGCCCCGUGGAGACACUAAAGCUGCUUGCGUGCGUGGACGUGUUCAAUGGGCUGUUGCACGAGGUGAUCGGCAGUAGCGCCAGCAAUACGUGCUGCCCGCUGCUGUCUGGCGUUGCCGACCUCGACGCUGCUCUCUGCAUUUGCACCACCAUUAAGGUCAAGGCCCUCAACAUCAACCUCUUGCUGCCCAUCGCCAUCGAGGUGCUCGUCAACCAGUCCGGCAAGAGAGUGCCGAAAGACUUCCGCUGCCCUAAUUAAGCUCCAUCGAUUACUAUAUGUACUAUCAGUAUCACCUGCAUAUGAAUGCGAUACAUGCAUUAAAUUCUCUUGUGUGGUCACACAGGUGACAUAUAGAAGUGUAAUAAUCUAUAUGUACAUGGAUUUGCAGCUCCGACUCGCUACUUGUGACGGGGAGCUGUGGAGCAUGCAUACAUUGUCUUUGUGUAACAGCGUAUCAUAUAGUAACCGUAUAACAUGUUACCAA